GGGGAGGGGACGCGCCGGCGGCGCUGGCCGCGGGGCCGGCCUGAGAGCGCAGCGCCCGCCGCCGCCAGCCGCGCCGGAGCCCCGCGCCCCGCGGCCCUGCGCCCCGGGAUCCGAGCCGGCGCCAUGGACCGAGGCCGGGUGCUGGAGCAGCUGCUCCCGGAGCUCACCGGGCUGCUCAGCCUCCUGGACCACGAGUGCCUCAGUGACACCACAGUGGAGAAGAAGAUGGCCGUGGCCUCCAUCCUGCAGAGCCUGCAGCCCCUCCCAGCGAAGGAGGUCUCCUACCUGUAUGUGAACACAGCGGACCUCCACUCCGGGCCCAGCUUCGUGGAGUCCCUCUUUGAAGAAUUUGACUGUGACCUGAGUGACCUUCGGGACAUGCCGGAGGACGAUGGGGAGCCCCGCAAAGGAGCCAGCCCUGAGCCAGCCAAGAGCCCAUCUCCGAGAAAUGUAGCCGACCUGCCUCCACCACUCCCCAACAAGCCUCCGCCAGAGGACUACUAUGAGGAGGCCCUUCCUCUGGGACCAGGCAAGUCCCCUGAGUACAUCAGCUCCCACAAUGGCUGCAGCCCAGCCCACUCGAUUGUGGAUGGCUACUAUGAGGACGCGGACAGCAGCUACCCCGCGACCAGGAUGAAUGGCGAGCUGCAGAGCUCCUACAAUGACUCUGACGCCAUGAGCAGCUCCUACGAGUCCUACGAUGAGGAGGAGGAGGAAGGGAAGAGCCCUCGGCCCCGGCACCAGUGGCCCUCGGAGGAGGCCUCCAUGCACCUGGUGAGGGAAUGCAGGAUAUGUGCCUUCCUGCUGCGGAAGAAGCGCUUCGGGCAGUGGGCCAAGCAGCUGACCGUCAUCAAGGAGGACCAGCUCCUGUGUUACAAAAGCUCCAAAGACCGGCAGCCACAUCUGAGGUUGGCGCUGGACAACUGCAACGUCAUCUAUGUGCCCAAGGACAGCCGGCACAAGAGGCAUGAGCUGCGCUUCUCCCAGGGGGCUACCGAGGUCUUGGUGCUGGCGCUGCAGAGCCGGGAGCAGGCUGAGGAGUGGCUGAAGGUUAUCCGAGAGGUGAGCAAGCCAGUCGGGGGAGCCGAGGGGGUGGAGGCCCCCAGAUCCCCAAUCCUCCUGUGCAAGCUGGACCUGGACAAGAGGCUGUCCCAAGAGAAGCAGACCUCAGAUUCCGACAGCCUGGGCAUGGGCGACAACUGUUCUACCCUUGGCCGCCGGGAAGAUGGCAAGGGGAAGAAGAGCAGCCUGGCCGAGCUGAAGGGCUCCAUGAGCAGGGCUGCGGGCCGCAAGAUCACCCGCAUCAUCAGCUUCUCCAAGAAGAAGGCGCUGGCCGAUGACCUGCAGACGUCCUCCACCGAGGAGGAGGUUCCGUGCUGUGGCUACCUGAACGUGCUGGUGAACCAGGGCUGGAAGGAACGCUGGUGCCGCCUGAAGUGCAACACUCUGUAUUUCCACAAGGACCGCACGGACCUGCGGACCCACGCGAACGCCAUCGCCCUCCGCGGCUGUGAGGUGGCCCCGGGCUUCGGGCCCCGACACCCGUUCGCCUUCAGGAUCCUGCGCAACCGGCAGGAGGUGGCCAUCCUGGAGGCAAGCUGUUCAGAAGACAUGGGCCGCUGGCUUGGGCUGCUGCUGGUGGAGAUGGGCUCCAAAGUCACUCCUGAGGCUCUGCACUACGACUACGUGGACGUGGAGACCUUAACCAGCAUCGUCAGUGCGGGGCGUAACUCCUUCCUAUAUGCAAGAUCCUGCCAGAAUCAGUGGCCUGAACCCCGAGUCUAUGAUGACGUUCCUUACGAAAAGAUGCAGGACGAGGAGCCCGAGCGCCCCACUGGGGCCCAGGUGAAGCGCCACGCCUCCUCCUGCAGUGAGAAGUCCCACCGCGUGGACCCUCAGGUCAAAGUCAAGCGCCAUGCCUCCAGUGCUAAUCAAUACAAGUAUGGCAAGAAUCGGGCUGAAGAGGAUGCCCGGAGGUACCUGGUAGAAAAAGAGAAGCUGGAGAAAGAGAAAGAGACAAUUCGGACAGAACUGAUGGCACUGCGGCAGGAGAAGAGGGAGCUGAAGGAAGCCAUUCGGAGCAGCCCAGGAGCAAAGUUAAAGGCUCUGGAGGAAGCCGUGGCCACCCUGGAAGCCCAGUGUCGGGUGAAGGAGGAGCGCCGGAUCGACCUGGAGCUGAGGCUGGUGGCUGUGAAGGAGCGAUUGCAGCAGUCCCUGGCAGGGGGCCCAGCCCUGGGGCUGUCCAUGAGCGGCAAGAACAAGAGUGCGGAUACUGCAAAUAAACCCCAGAACAAUGUUCCAGAGCAAGCUCUCCCUGUCAACUGUGUUUCUGAGCUGAGGAAGAGGAGCCCAUCCAUUGUAGCCGCCAACCAAGGCAGGGUGCUGCAGAAAGCCAAGGAAUGGGAAAUGAAGAAGACCUAGAAAUAGAAUGAGGAUUUCAUUCCAAAGGAAAUAUCAGCUUGUCCACCUAAGGCGGAAAUGCUUUUAUCACAAGGAGAUGCCAGGAGAAGACUGGAAAUGGCCCCCACUCUCUGGAGCACCCAAAAGACCAGCGUUUAUUGUCUGCAUGAUUUUAGGGGAUAUGGGGAGGGAAGAAGUAGAAGGGAAUAGGAAAACAGAGGGCAUCCUUAUGACUUUACAAAGGGUGGAAAUGUGGGUGGAGGGAGACAGAAGUCUGCACAGUUGUAAAGGUUUUGUUAGAUGUCUUAGCAUUCCCUUCUGAAGAAAUGAAAGCACAUGUGAAUAAGCCAUUCCAUCCCAUUCCCAGUCCUCAGAGCAAAGGAAGGCAGUGCUGAAGCACCAGUGGUGUAGUGUAAAGACACAAGACUCGAUCAUCUGAUCACUUUGUGCCAACUGGAUUCAUGCUGGGCAUUACUGACAACCUCUGGGCAAGACAAAUGGGCUGAACAAUCAAUAACAUUAUCCCUGCCUGCAUAAAUGUGAACAAAAGCUAUAGAGAACAUGCGAAUUGUACAAUCAUUCCUCAUUUGCUUUAGAGCUAGACAAAGUGCAGCUACUAGAAUCUUCUAGAUCUGAAUGUUUUAAAAUCAGAUCUGAGUAUGCAGAAGCCAGAAGUUCAGUAGCUGACAUAUUUUCAGCUCACAGUUAUACUCAAUAACAGGAGCAUGGAGUUCUAAUGUCCACAGGAUGUUGCAGGCAUCGUAGGGUGGGGUCAUUUCUGGCAAUCAAGUCCUUUACCUAUUUCAUAUGACACUGAGGUAAACAAGAGACACUAUGUCUUUAUCCUAAUGAAGUCAUCAUCUUGCAAUCAGAAGCCCACUGGUCUGCUCUUCCAUAUCUGGUAUAAAGUAAAACUAUCAGGGAAAACCAAGAGGAUGGUGACUUAUUUCCACCACAUGGGUGCUAAGCCUUUUACAAACACUUGAUACUUUUAUAGGGCAAGGACCUCAAGUCCCAGGCAGUACCCUUACUGUGCUACUCACUAUUGUCUCAACACUGUAGGCACUUUAUGGGGCUGUCUUCAACACAUUUCCCUCCAAUAAAGAUAAAAACCAUUUAA